CCGCUCUUCAGAAACUAACGGCAGAUGUCAUGGACUCUGCGUUUCUCCUGGUCCGUAAACAGCGGUCGGUUGGACUCGUCACGCCAGACAACGCUGUAGGUUGCGUGUAGCGCCAUCGCAAACGGAGCUGCAAGGUCCGGUUGGAUGUACAUUUCAAUGGAGAACGGGAGGAUUCAGAUAAAACGCAUCUUUAUCUGCAUCCUGGGAGUGGCAACCAUCGUCUUGGUCAAUAUGAACUUAGACAGGAGAUUGUCUCUCGGGAAUUCAGAAAUCAAGAUCAGCUAUGCUGCUUUUAAAAGUCGAGGAACUACCCUGACUCCAAGAAUGACUCCUAAAAUAACAACACCAUCAUCAGGAGAACCACAGUGGGAGGAUCCUGGGCCAUAUCAUGUGGCCUAUCCACGAAACUACAAAUUCAUCAUAAACAACACACCGACGUGUAGGACCAGGUCUCCUUUCCUGCUCAUGAUGGUCCCAGUCGCGCCCAGUGAUGUGGCGGCUCGGGACGCCAUCAGAAAGACAUGGGGAAGUGAGACAGUGGUUCAGGGUGAGGUGGUGGGGACGCUCUUCUUAGUGGGCCUGCCUGGAGGAGCUGAUGCUGGGCAGCAGCAAGAGAAACUCAGUCAGGAGAAUGAUCUGCACCGCGACCUGAUCCAGAGCGACUUCCAGGACAGCUACGGCAAUCUGACCAUCAAGACCAUGGUCAUGCUGGAGUGGCUGGCUGCUCACUGCACCAACGCUUCUUACGUCAUGAAGAUUGACUCGGACAUGUUGGUCAAUGUCCCCAACUUGGUCAAACUGUUGCUGGAUCCCGGCACGGCCAAACAAAACUACAUGACAGGUUUGGUGUGGUGGCACAGCCCAGUUUUGAGAGACCCAUUUAAUAAGUUCUACCUCCCGAGAGACGUUAUCGCUGAGCCGGAGUUCCCCCCCUAUCCUCUGGGCAUGGCCUACGUCAUGUCCCUGGACCUUCCCUGGAAGAUCCUGCAAGUCUCUCCUCGGAUUAAACCGCUCUUCAUUGAAGACGCCUACCUGGGGAUGUGUCUGAAGCACCUGGGCAUUUCCCCCACCGACCCCCCGGAAAACACCAUGUUUAUCGUCGACCCCGUGCAUCCUCUGAGCAGCUGCAGCCUCUCAAAGGUCAUCGCCGUGACAACGACGAGCAUCGCACAGAUGAAGAGAUACUGGGAGACGAGCAAAGGACCAGACGCUAAAUGCUGAGCUUCAGAUCAUGUUUGUUUGAACUGAAAGUAGUUUCUUGUGGGCGAUGGUGGGGCGACUUCAUCUCAUAUUUAGUCUGGGGGGGAAAACCAAGAGUGGAGGAUUUAUUCAGUUUUUGCAGAAGUUGAACAUAAAAAUGUUUGUAUAAAAUAAAUGUAAUGCUUUGAAACCACAA